GGUGUUUUGGAUGGCUCAAAUUGAAUGAAGUGCUUGUUAUUGACAAAAACAAUAGUGAACGAUAGUGUUUCCGUAGGAUUGUGCCGGAAAGACUAACAGUUUUUGAACGAAUAUCUGACAUUCCUUCGGUGGCGAUCGGAGCGAACCGUGAAUUGAGAUUCACCUCUUGCUCGCGCUUCCUUUGUGUACGGACGAGUGAAGAAAAAGGCAUAUUGUGCGUGGAAGAACCAAGUUAAAAUGCGAAAUAAAUGUGAGAAACGCCUAUGAAAUUCAAUUUUAACCCCGGAAAAAUAUAGUUUACAAGACGCUUAAUCAACAGAUGUCGUUUCACGGUAUAGUUAACUGACUCCUGCAGAACAGUUCUGAAGACUGUGGACCAUAUUGUGAAUGUAUAAAUCAAUAGAAUAUCUGUAUAAACCACAAUGCAAAGUUUGGAACCUGCAUCAUGUCAAGAAGCUGAUUAUAUGUUGAACGAUGCUUACUGUAAGCUAAGGAAGUCCCCCUCGCGACAGCAGACGUUGUUAAUUGAUCCACCGCCGCAGUAUCCAAGUCUACCUAGUCCUAUUUUGAAUGACAGCACCCCGCUGUUCAAUACCAGUAGCAGCAGUAGCGCUACCAGUCCGCUGCCGUCGUCAUCCUCAUAUGUCACGCUAAGCGGAAUACAGUCGACUUCACCGCCUGCAACGCUUCUAGCGACCCCUACAACAUCGUUGUCCUCAUGCCUCGGACCCAGCAGUAGCGGGACGGGUUCCCACUUGCUGUAUAAGUCUGUUAGCGGUUCGAUCAACAGUUUGUCACUGAGCAAUCACCAUCAUCAUCACAUCGAUAAGAGGGGAGCGACUGAUUCCGGCUACAUCAGUAGCUCCCCGUCGAAAAAGUCGAAAUUAUCUUCCUCAGCCGGAUCUCUCCCGUCAUCGGUAUCUGCAGGGUCUUCGUCAAUCAACAGUUCUUCCACGAGCGCAAGUAAUUUUACCGGUAGCAGCAGUUUGCAGCAUCAUUAUCAUGGCGCAGGAAGUAGCAACAGCAGUAGUGGUAGUAGUCAUCCUUACGGCUCAGCUGCUUCUCCCUCGUCUGCUAGUCUUGGAAUUAUCGCUGGACCGUCAUCAUCGACCGGUGGAAGCUCUAAUGCUACCGGCAAAUUCAACAUCCAUGACAAACUUAGGGAAUUGUUUCUUGAGUUACUAGCUGAGGACAAUACUGAAACUAAUAGGCUUAACUUAAGGAAUACGUCACUUCUGUUGGAGAAACUGGUGUUACGAGAAAACCUCAACACCUUGAUCCUAAAUCUCUAUCCCGGCAAUAAAGGAUAUUCGUUAGCAUUUAGAAAAGGAACUGAGCAAUCAAGUGAUGGAGGGCGGAAUAUCUCAAAAAGUGGUGCUAUACAAUCGGAGCAUUCUGGAUCGCCUCUACCGGGCGCCGCAACGCUAGACAUUAACUCAGAACAACUCCAGGAGACAAUCCGGUGGCCGUAUGAGGAAGAAGAACUCCUAGAAUGUAUUGACCGGGAGGAGCUUCCGCUUGUGUUAGCCGACAUGUUUGAAACCAAGUGCCCUGGAUUGUUUUACUCGGGAUGUGUGAUUGCUGAGAUUCGGGACUAUCGGCAGUCAUUCCCUAUAUUUACCUGUGAUACGUACCACGUGCUGCUAAAACCAACCAAUCAGACCUUGCUAGCGGACGUUAACCUGCUGACAACCGAUGGUGACUGGAGUCCAGAGGAAAAGCUCGCACUGGAAAGUCAGCUUGUGUUAGCAACGGCUGAACCACUCUGUUUGGACCCUAAUCCCGAGGUGGGCAUUAUGGCCAUUAACCAGCAGCAUCGACGUCACAUUUUUAAUACGAAACCGAUUCGACGGCAGGCGAAAAAGUUUUCCCAGGUCGCCAUUAAUCGUAAAAGGAAAACGGACCAGUUUACUCAUAGUUUCGGUUUGGAAUUGAGCGAUUUUAUGACAAAGUAUCGAGCAAAACCACGCCAGUACGCGGCUACCAAACGUAGUGUGGUCAGUUUCACACUGCCGAAAAAACCUUCGGAUGUUAGUUCAACGGUCCGGGUACCCAAUUUGGAGUUACCGGAGCUAUCGGCUCCGUCAGAGGUGAAUGUAGAGAAAUUUGCACGAAGAUACGAUGGGCCAAAGGAAAGCCGAGAUUGCAUUCCACAGCUUAUCGAGGAAUACAUCCUGGAAACGGAUCGAGUAGUUAGUCGCGGGGAUACGCGGCUAUACCAUAUUAAACUAUCAAUCUUCCAACGUCCAUCUAACUCGGAAUAUUUAGGAGAGCUUUACGUCGACAGGGACUAUCGCGAAAACGAGCGAAAUGGAGAGGCAUGUCAGUUUACGCUUGGAACCCGGGCGCAUGCACAUCGAUACAUACAACAAUUUACCGAAAUAUUCACCGAAGAAGGUAGAAAAUCGGUAAAAAUCACUCACCUCGUGCCAGGUCAAAUGCCAAAGGUGCUACACACUGCUGGUAUGCGGGAGCAAAAUGUGCAACAGCAACAACAACAACAACAACAACAACAACAACAGCAGCAGCAGCAGCAACAACAGCAGCAGCAACAGAUUCAGCAACAACAAGCAAUUCAACAGCAGCAGCAAGCUCAUAUACAACAGCAAGCUCAUAUCCAGCAGCAAAUUUCCCAAAUUCAGCAGCAGCUUCAGUCUCAUCCUACGCAUGCUUUAAUGCGACUGCAAGCAACCAACCCGGCGUUGGUAUCUCAGAUUGCAUCAGCUGGUGGUAAUAUAACCAUUAACGCUACAAAUCCUAGCACGCUUCCUGGUAAUCAGCAGCAGCAACAACAACAACAGCAACAACACCAGCAGCAGCAGCAGCAACCAACACAGGUCAUUCAGCAACAGCAUCCACAAAUCAUAACCGCUGGUCCGUCCACUAACAUAAUCACAAUCGGAGGGGCAACGCUUCAGCAGCACCCGCAGCAACAGCAAAUUCACAUACAACAGCAACAGCUCCCAAAUCAACAUCAUCAGCAGUUGCAGCAAAUCUUUACCUCCUGUGAUACUUCUGCUAACUCUGGCCAACAACAGCAACAAUCGAUAAGCACCACAGUCACUCUGCAGCAGGCACAGCAGCAGCAGCAGCAACAGCAACAACAGGUGCAGCAAAUCCAUACUCAAACGCAUCAACCGCAGCAGCAGACAUUAAGCCUGAGUAAUGGUUCACUUUUGCUAGUUCAACCGACUGGUCAAAUUUCCAAUCUUACAGCAACUUCCAACCACCAAACGGGUUCUGCCGGAAGCACGACGCAAAGUAUUCAAGGUUUUACUUUUACCUCAUCUCCACAAACUGCCACUAUAAUCAAUCAAGGUGUAGCAACUGGUACUACGAACACUACUGCAAAUCGUGUCCCUCUGCUUGUCCGACUCGAGAACAAGGGUUCGCAACAAUUACAACAGCAUCAACAACAACAACAGCACCAGCAACAGCAGCAACAACAAACGCAGCAUGUCCAAUCUCAGCAGCAAAAUCAAAGCACCACGACCACUAUUCAUACGAACAACCCAGAAAUCAAUGCAAUCGCUCUUAGCAUAAUGAAUUCUGCCAAUCAAUUCCGCCAGCAGCAACAGCAACAGCAGCAGCAGCAGCAACAACAACAACAACAACAGCAGCAGCAGCAGCAACAACAGCAACAGCACACUGUAAAAUCUAAUUCAAAUGCUGCUAUUAUCAGUCUGCUGAACAGUGCUCCAGCUGCCAUGACCAACUCGUCGGUGCUGAGUAGUAGUCUCACAAUUCCUGUCGGUAAAACUGGAUCAGAACUGCAUCAGCAGCAAACAAAUCAACAACAGCAGCAACAACAACAGCAACAGCAUACGGUGCAUCAUCAUCAGGUGACGGGAACUACGACGAUAUCUGGCAGCGCAGCCGCUGCUUUGUUCAACAGCGUUGGUGGGCGCAAAAUUCAAAUUCAACAGGCCGGUGGCGGUCAGCGAAUACUAAACCACGCCAAUCUAAUCGCGGUUAGCAGUAAUCCAACCAAUGGCGGAAUGGGUCAAACACAGCUGAUCAACAUUCAGUCGGCGCCUUCCGGUUCUUCAGGUGCAGGUGAGCAACAACAGGCGCAGUCGCAACAGCAACAACAAAUCCAACAACAGGCACAACCUUCCAGUAUCCGAGUAACGAUGUCUGCGCUGGCGUCGCAGUUAGCGUCACCACCGGCUAUUCUUACCACUUCGAAUUUGCCGCAAAGUUUCAACGUUGUAGCUGCCGCGGGGAAUGCUUCCGGACAAAGUUUCAAUAAUGCAAAUAACAAUACAACCAGCAAGCUUAUCAUCAAUAGUACAAACCAACGAAUACUGAACAUCAACACAAAUAGCACUAAUAGUUCAUCGGCAGCUGCAGCUGUUGCUGCCGCUCUGGGUGGUGCGAUUCGGCGCGUCAAUAGCGCUGGUAAUGAUGGAAGUGGGAGCAUUCAGUUGCAAAUUCAGGGCGCAGAUGGUAUUCGUCGAAUAACAACUGGCGGUAGUGGAGGAAACGACAUUCAGCUUCAAAUCCAAGGAAUAUCUUCGCCUGGUUCAGAUCAUUCGAAUGCCUCUUCGUCAGCAUCGUUGAAUGCUGCUGCUAGUGGGACUGUAACCGGAAGCGGAUCAGCGGUUGGAACCACCGGUUCGGCCGGUAACAUUAUAUUUAAUAAUAUGUCUGGCCUAAGUGCACUGCUGGCAACAACCACCUCCCCAUCUCCUCAGCAAACGGCUGGUAAUGCCGCCCCCGUAGCUGCGGUGGACAACAGUUCGUCUCUCACCUCCAAUCUAAGCAGUAACAGUAGCAGUAAUAACAAUAGUAAUAAUAAUUCAGCAUUAAUCGAAAGACUGACUUCAUCUAGUAAUAUAAACCUUACCAAUAACCUUCCAACUGCGAGCCCUGGGUUGCAGUUUACGAUACCAUCACCGAAGACGCCCCAGCAACAGCAAUCUCAACAGCAACAUUUGCAAAUACAGUCACCAUCAUCAUCGAUAUCGCCACUAUCUAGUCCUCCGCCGUCAGUGACGCUUCACCCGCAACAGCAGCAGCAACUACAACCGCAGCAAACGGUUCAGCAGCAGCAACAUCAGCAAGUACAGCAUCACCAUCAGCCCCAGCAAACGACUGUCAACCUGCAGGGACUUAAUUUCGCCAGUCUGCACGGUGCAAUGGCGUCGAUUCCGGGGCUGCAGAAUGUUCAAGUUCAAAUACCCGGGCUUGCGCAGCCAAUUUCAUUAUCCCUUUCGUCCGCCCCAUCGGCGAAUGCGACCAGUGUUCUAAAUGCAUCCAAUAACAACUCUGCAAGCGGAGUCACCGGUCAUCACCAGACCACUAGCCUGCUGGUGUCCGUACCAGUUUCAAAUGCUGGUGGAACCAAUGCUGCCCAGUUAAAUGCGCUGAACGCAGCUGCUGCAAAUACGGGAACCGCUGGUAGUGCCGGUAGUUCUACGGUCGGUGGAACCAAUAUUCUUAGUGCAAAUUCCCAAGGUACCACGCAAACUGUGGUGCUCGCCAACCCACAAACCAGUGGCGGCGGAUCUAGUCUGCUCUCUUUGCCAAUUGCUCAAAUCGUAACUUCCGGUAUGAAAGGUUUAAAUCAGCAAAGUUUACGUGCUGGAACGCCUCUGACGGUAAACACUGGUCAGCCGGGACAGCAGAUACAACUGCUCAAUAUUAGCCAACGACCGCGCAGCGGACAACUUCCAGUGGUGACGUCCGUAACCACGCCGAUCACCGCCAAGCAGAUAGCAGCACGCGUAGCUCAACAAAGAGCUAUGCCCGGUUCGACGCUAAAAAUUGCAACUCCAAUUUCAGCAUCACACCAUGGCCAACAACUCGGACAAACGCUGAAUGUGACAACUAGUGCUGCUCCAAAUCAGCUGGUUAUGACCACCAAACAGCUACAGCUGAAACUUCAACAACAGCACCUUCAACAGCAGCAACACCAUCAACAGGUCCAGCAGCCGCAGAUAAUUGCCACCACUAAUCAGCCUGCCACAACACAGAUUCAUAUACAACAGCAUCAGCAGCUUGCGCAAGCUCAACAACAUUUGCAACAGCAGCAGCAGCAGCAACAACAACACCAGCAGCAACAGACGCAGCAAAUCAGUAUAAUUAACAACAGUGUUGUAUCGCCACUUCCUCUGCCUACUAUCACACCACCGCCUCCGCCUGCACCACAAUCUGCAGCGCACCAUCAGAGUGUGGUAAACGCACUAGCAGGUAAAAAUCGACGGAGAUCUGCGGCCGACAUGAAUAAGUAAGCCCCAAUCUUUAUCACUUUUUGCUAAGUUGCAUAAACGAAACAUAUUGCUGAAUUGCAGCAAUGCAAGGCACACUUACACAUACACACACACAGGCAAAAACAUUCAUCACUACAAACCGCAGCCUUUUUUAGUCAUUCUAGAUUUAAGAACAAAUUAGCAAAGUCUCACACCGUUGCAACACGCGUGAGUAGCUGCAUAUUCGAGAGCAGUGUUUAUUUGAUCAAGGAAUAAACAUAUAGUUUUUUUUUAUUUAAACAGUCGCAGAAAUUAUUUAAAACCGUCCGGGUAAGAUGAAGAAUGUCAUUGCUCGCCUGACGAGAAACUUUACUUUACACUUUACCACUUAACCACGGCCAACAGUAAAAGCUCGGUGAUGUUUUUGGACUGCUGGUGGUGCGUUCAGCUGAACAGUAGCGUUGCAAAGGUUAAUUGUUUUUGGGGCCUUUUUGCGCAAUGGUUGACAAUUUCAUGGAAUUUUGUUGAUUGUAUGCUCAUAAAAAUAAAACGGAAAACUCUUCUGUUGGACUAGUAAGUAUGUACCAUAGAAGAAGAUGGUUCUGAAAUUUGUUAUAAAGCGUUUACAAAAAAAAAUUUAAAAUGAGUUUUGGGUUUCAUUUGAUGUUCACAAACGGCAUCUGAUAUAUCUACGUGGUAAAAUGGAUUUUUGUAAAAAAAUAUUGUCGAGUCGAUCGCAACUAGAAGUUGAGUUCUUCAGCUAAGAUGUAGAGCACUUAUCAUAUCUGUGCGAAAACGUUGAGGAAGCCUAGGUGCUGCUGCAGUCCGUUUUCAAAAUUUGAUGUUCCGUGUUCUGGCUACAGUACAAUUGAAAAGCUAGUACUACGAUCCUAGUAACUCUCAUAGCUUCUGCUAGUCGGCUUCGCAUAUGUAACGACUGGUAUCUCGAGGCCAACUGGGAAGCUUAUGAGCGAUAAAUAAUUCUAAUAUGCGGAUAGCAAACGAGCCAUGUUUCAUAUCAAUCACGUGAUCUACCAUAGUUGUCAGAUUAUCUGUUAAUCUGUUAAACUGAAAACUGUUAAGCGAUGUAGCCCUUCGGGUGCUGGAACUGCGGUGGUGAUGGAUGGAAAUACCUACUUUUAAAGGGGUCGAUGGAUUGGUCUACCUUGGCAGGCUUGUGACAUGUGAAUCGUUCAGUAAAACGGUGAAUAGCUGCUGAAAGUAAGUUUGCAUACCAGCUAAGGCCCCGUGACUCGCAACUCUAUACAAAACAUAGGCUCUAUAAGCAGGAUUGCGAAGCUCACAGUCGUGUGGUCUAAUUUUUACACAUACGCGUACCCGUUCUAACGAACACGCUUGCAUAAACAUCCGUUCCGGACUCUAGCUCUUCUUUAUUCUUGCACUGCAACAAGUUUUUGCGAGUGUUAUUUAGCUAACAACCACGGUCGUCGCCCUCGCUCGUCAUUGCAGCCCAAGCAGCUGAUACCGACCACACACGAGGGCUCACACUUCAACCCGCAUGUAGAAUCGAAGGUGUGAGAUGAAGAAGAAAAGAAAACAUGGGCAGCUCGUGAGUGGGCUAUGCAGAAAGACGCUAUGGGGCUGUGCGUUCGCGAGCGUGUAGUUAACAGAAUGUCGGCACACAGAGUAGCGAGAGAGCAGGUAUCAUUUCCUUCUCACUCGAUUUGCAAUCAUCGCUAUUCUAUAUUUCGCACGAAUUGGUAUUUCGAACGAAAGUUUUUUUGAACGAAAUUUACGCCUGCAAAAUCAAAUGGGCAAAACAUCUCGUUCGAAACAAGUCGAUUCUAGAUUCGUUUGAAAUACAGAAUAGGGGUGAACAUUGUCCAUAAGACGCUAAUUCUCUCGGUAGUACCCUACGACCAUGAAGCGUGAACGUUGAAGAAGAGCGAUAGAAAAGCUUGAGAUGUAUUUUGACGGAGGAUUAAUUCUUGGUGGCAAAUUAGUGGAAAGAGUAUGGCCCAGAUGUAUUACGAGAUAUACGAGGUGCAUUAAGUAGCAGGGAGCAAUAUUCAGCAGAGAACCCAAAAGAAGUUACUAUUGACGAGCAUGCUAACACCUGCGUUGGGAACGAGGAUGGCAGGUCAAGACCGAUAAAUGCCGAGAGACGUAUCCUAAACUUGGCUCUGAGUAUAUAAUCCGACUGCUGCCGAAUAAAGAAAAUGCAGGUGGAAGGAGUUCUUCAAUGAACACCUUAAUGGCGAUGUUGCGUCACCUGCAAAGUAAAUUUUGCAGAGAGCCGACAAUGUUGAAACUCGUUAUACGUGCUCGAUAUUAUAUACGGCUUUCGCUCGCUGCGGGUGAUAUGUAGUGGAGUACAAAUCGAAACUGUAGAGUGGCGAAGCCUUGGGGAGAAUCCCAUCGUUCACCUGGCAAAAGUCGGAAGGAAUCAAUGGGUCGGAUGCCGGUCAGCAGUGAGCGAUUACCGCAUUGUUCAAGAUGCCGAAGAAGACAAUUUGCGACUUCUGAGGCGACUGAAAAUCCAAUGGAAACUACUCAUGAAACAGUAUAACAGUAUGAUCUAAAGUUUUGUCAUCAUGGAACAAAUAGGCGUUAAAACGCUGCACACCUGCAGCAGACCAAGAUUAGAAGCUUUAUUAGGCACUAGCUGAAUGGCAUAAAUUAUUGCUUAACUUGAAAGGUUUUUGCUUAGCCCGUUAAUGAGUAUGUAACCAACAGUCCAUGAAAACAGAGACCAUCACUUAAAUGUAAUAAUUGAACAAUUAACUUUGUUAGGGUGGGGCAAAAUUGAAUUCUAUAUGAGUGCUUUGAUGCAUCAUAUAUUUGUCGACAGGAAAAAUAAGCUAUGGUUGGACCCAGGCGAGUCCAUGAAUCCAGAAAAUAACUAGCAAGCAGGAAAACAAAAACAAUUUCUCUUAAGCAAAUACUUCGACCACAAGUUAAACAAAAAAAAAACAGGAAACGAAUACAAAAUACUAUUUGGUUGAGAAAAUACGAAAACGCCAAGCUGCCGAAGGCUGCUGGUGUGCUGGAAGGGUUUUCAAUUAACAAAAAAAAAAAAGAAACUAUACCGCAAAUAACACGAUUAGCAGUAAGGCAGAUGCAUGCGAUUUGAGAUUUGAGAGAUAGAACUGUUUUUUUGGUGGGCCGCUGCGCAAAUACUCACCCAUUACCAAGUAAUGAGAGCG